GUAAAGAAAAACAAGGGGAAAAGAAACUAGGAAAGAAGCAUAAAGCUUUAUUCAAUGUAUUGCUAAUCAGUAAGUAUUCAAAAUUACUGUACCCUGAGAUCAUUUACCAAGUCUCUGUAUAGUCAUCUUUCUGUUACUAGUGCGGAUUUGAAGAUUGGGGAACAAUUAUGUCAACGUAUAGAGUUUAUGUAUUAAAUCUAUGUGAUUUCCAUAAAACCUGGAAAGUUGGGAUAAUGACGUUUCUACUGGUGCAAAUUAAACAUUAUUAAAUACAUAGACUAAAAGUUGUUUGGUCAGGCAAGAGACUAUAAUUAUUGUAGCUGGUUAGGCUGAAGCAGCAGAGGCUGCAGUUUCCUAGUGCGGUCUCUGGGCGCCGCUGUUGGCCAGAGUGAUAAACUCGGCACCGGCGAUCGCCUCGCGCAACCGCAGAGCUCUUUACCCAACUCAGACCCGCUAAAGCAAGCCUUUACACCGCUUCCUCCUCUGGAAAAGAAGAAAGCCUGACCCCGUGCAAAAACUAAAGCCUGUUCGGAGCUCCCGACAUCUGCAACGCAGGGAUUAUUUGUCAUCCACGCCUCCAGGCCGGUGAGCAAGCUGAGGGGAGCAAGAGGGAUGGGGAGCGGCGCUGGGGACAGGGGCUGGGCUGAGAGACGGCCAGUGCUCUUUCUCUUCCUGCUGUCUUUGUUCUGCCCGGCGGCGCUCUCUGAGCAGAUCCGCUACAAGAUCCCCGAGGAACUGCCCGAGGGCUCCGUGGUGGGGAACCUCGCCAAGGACCUGGGACUCAGUGUCGGCGAGUUACCGACUCGAAAACUGCGCAUCAGUUCGGAGAAGCCUUAUUUCAGUGUGAGCUCAGAGCGCGGGGAGUUACUUGUGAGCAGUAGAGUGGACCGGGAGCAGAUAUGCGGGAAGAAGCCGGCUUGUGCUCUGGAAUUUGAGGCUGUUGCUGAAAAUCCAUUGAACUUUUAUCACGUGAAUGUGGAGAUCGAGGAUAUUAAUGACCACACGCCAAAAUUCAUGCAAAAUUCCUUUGAGCUGCAAAUAAGUGAGUCCACAAAGCCUGAGGCACGAUUUAUCUUAGGAUCUGCCUAUGAUGCAGAUAUUGGCACCAACUCACUACAGAAUUACCAACUCAGUCCCAAUGAUCAUUUCAUACUCGUGAAUAAAGAGAAAUCAGAUGGUAGUAAAUACCCUGAACUAGUACUGAAGAAGCCUUUAGACAGAGAAGAGCAGAAGUCCUACCACUUGACCUUGACUGCUUCGGACUGCGGGGAUCCAUCCCUAAGCAGCACCGCACAGAUACAGAUCCUAGUGUCUGAUGCCAAUGAUAAUCCCCCAGUAUUCAGCCAAGAGCGAUACAGGGUGGGCCUUUUGGAAAACGUGUUCCCAGGCACCACUGUGCUUCAAGUGAUGGCCACCGACCAGGAUGAGGGUGUCAAUGCCGAGAUCACCUUCUCUUUCACUGAAGCAGGCCAGAUCACCCAGUUUGACCUGAAUUCUAAUACCGGAGAAAUUACCAUUCGAAAUACAUUAGAUUUUGAGGAAGUCAAGGAAUAUUCUAUUGUGGUGGAAGCAAGGGAUGGUGGAGGACUGGUUGCACAAUGUACUGUAGAGAUAGAAGUCCUAGAUGUAAAUGACAAUGUCCCAGAAGUGAUAUUCCAAUCUCUACCAGACCUUAUUAUGGAAGACACCAGGUUAGGAACAUACAUUGCUUUACUCAAAAUCCGUGACGAGGAUUCCGGACACAACGGAGAAGUUAUUUGUAAAUUAGAAGGGGGUGUUCCAUUUAAAUUACUCACUUCUUCAAGAAACACGUAUAAAUUAGUGACAGCUGGAGUUCUAGACCGCGAGCAAACUCCUGAGUACAAUGUCACCAUCACAGCCACCGACAAAGGCAAGCCGCCCCUCUCUUCCAGCUCAAGCAUCACCCUGCACAUCGGCGAUGUAAACGACAAUGCGCCGGGUUUUGAAGAGGCCUCCUACGUGGUCCACGUGGCCGAGAACAACCCACCCGGGGCAUCUAUCGCCCAAGUCAGCGCUUCCGACCCGGACCUGGGACCCAACGGCCACGUCUCCUACUCCAUCGUGGCCAGCGACCUGGAGCCGCAGGCGCUGUCGUCCUACGUGUCCGUGAGCGCGCAGAGCGGCGUGGUGUUCGCGCAGCGCGCCUUCGACCACGAGCAGCUGCGCGCCUUCGAGCUGACGCUGCAGGCCCGCGACCAGGGCUCGCCCGCGCUCAGCGCCAACGUGAGCCUGCGCGUGUUGGUGGGCGACCGCAACGACAACGCGCCUAGGGUGCUGUACCCGACGCUGGGGCCCGACGGCUCGGCGCUCUUCGACACGGUGCCGCGCGCCGCGCAGCCCGGCUACCUGGUCACCAAGGUGGUGGCGGUGGACGCGGACUCGGGACACAACGCCUGGCUGUCCUACCACGUGCUGCAGGCCAGCGAGCCCGGACUGUUCAGCUUGGGGCUGCGCACGGGCGAGGUGCGCACGGCGCGCGCUUUGGGCGACAGGGACGCUGCCCGCCAGCGCCUGCUUCGCUGUGCCCUCUCGGCCACCGCCACGCUGCACCUGAUUUUCGCAGACAGCCUACAAGAGGCUCUGCCAGACUUCAGUGACCGCGCCGAGCCCUCUGACCCCCAGGCUGAGCUACAGUUUUACCUAGUGGUGGCCUUAGCCUUGAUUUCAGUGCUCUUCCUCCUCGCGGUGAUUCUGGCGGUUGCCCUGCGCCUCAGACGCUCCUCCAGCCCCACCACCUGGGGCUGCUUUCAGCCUGGUCUUUGUGUCAAGUCUGGACCCGUGGUUCUCCCCAGCUAUAACGAAGGGACUUUACCUUAUUCCUACAAUCUGCGCGUUGCCCAUGCUGGAAAGACAGAGUUUAAUUUUCUAAAAUGUAACGAACAAUUGAGUUCAGGACAAGAUAAACUUUGCGCUGAAUCGUCUGGGGCCUUAUUUCCAUUUUGUAAUUCCAGUGAGUCGACUUCCCAUCAGGUGAGUUUUCUUUAAGCAUAACCUGCUUCUUGUGGUUUAUCCAGUUCUCCAUAUUUACAGGGAAACAUACAAUGUUCAGAUUUAAAAGUUGUCUUAAGAAAGUUGUAGCCAGUCAAAAAGCUGUCAUACCAUCCUUCAAGGGAGGUUGAAGUAGGAGCAAUUAUUUGUGUUUUAGGGAUGUCUUACCAGGCUCAGAUUUACAAAGCAGUGAGGGUGAAGUUUUAUCUACAAAGGGAAAUGUUUAACAAUGCUAUAAGCUCUGUCACAAAAGCUAACGAGAUUUUUCUCUUAAUUUUUGUCAUUUAAUAGAUGAUUUUUUUAUUCAACUGGGACAUGCUAUAAAUGUAAAAGUAGGCAAACAUUUAAGUAAACAUUUAAAGGAAAAAAUUUAAGCUAAGAUUAUUUUUCUUAACCUAUUUUUACUGUUUUG